AUGUCUCUGGUUGCAGUCAGCCAAGAUUACUGGAGUGAGAUGGAAAGGUUUACGAUCAGGGAAAGAUGUAAGUUUAUGUUUAACAACGAGCUCCUGAGUAAGGUGAAGUUUGUUGUGCAAGACGUUGAGGCCGGUGGUAAAAUUAUGAAGACGAUUCCGGCUCACAAGUUCGUGUUGGCGAUCGGCAGUCCAGUAUUUUACGCCAUGUUCUACGGUGAAUUAGCAGAGACGAAAGACUCCAUCAAAAUCUCUGAUUGCGAGUAUCAAAGCUUUUCUCUUGUUGACAAGUGCACGGAAUACCUGGGAGAGAAUUUGGAUGCAUCAAAUGUAUUUUAUGUCCUGUCAGAGGCGCAGAAAUAUGAAGAGAAAGAUCUGGUGGAUAUAUGCAUGGAAGUGUUCGAUGAACAUGCAGACGAAGCUGUGAAAUCGGAUGCUUUCGUAACAAUCGAGAAAUCUUUGCUGGAAGAAUUGAUGGAAAGAGACUCUUUGAAUGUUACAGAAGUGGAGUUAUUUAAAGCUGUGGACUGUUGGGCUAGACAUGAAUACGAAAAGAAAAACCUGGCACCAGAAGAGUCCAUGAAAAUAAGAAUCCUUGGGGAGACGGUUGUUGGAAAUAUUCGUUUCCCGGUCAUGAAACAGAAAAAAUUCGUAGGGGUUAUUCUUGACUGUGAGAUUUUGACACCUGAUGAAGCUCACAACAUGAUGAAUUACUUUAAUGGCAUGCUUCCUAAACCAGUUGAAUUUGGUGAAAGGAAACGAGGUGGGUCACAAUGGAUUAGCAGGUUUUCAGCAUUAGGAGAAGGGUGGAAAUACGGCAGGCGAUUUGACAUCACUCCUGAUGCAAUUACUUUUUCAGUUAACAAGACCAUUGAACUUUAUGCCGUUCGACUAUUUGGUAGUGAGAACAAUGAAUAUAAUGUAAUUCUAACAGUCUAUGAUGGUGAGAAACAGUCUGUGGCCACAGUGAGGGGCACUUUUUAA